UGGGAGCUGCCCCCCACCCCCGGCCGCGGCGCAGGAGGCCCCGCACUGCACCCGGGGCCGCCCCUCGCCUGCCCCGGUAGCGGCAGCGGGGCGAUGGCGGGGCGGCGGCGGCCAGCCCUGCUGCUGCUGCGCUGCCUCCUGCUGGGGCUGCUGGGCGGCGGCGGCGGGGGCCAGCCCGGCGGCGGCGGAAGCACCGGCGAAUACUGCCACGGCUGGGUGGACGGGCAGGGCGGCUACCACGAGGGCUUCCAGUGCCCCGAGGGCUUCGACACGGCGGCCGCCACCAUCUGCUGCGGCUCCUGCGCGCUGCGCUAUUGCUGCGCCGCCGCCGAGGCCCGCCUGGAGCAGGGCGGCUGCACCAACGACCGGCAGCCCCCGGACCCGGGGGUCACCGCCCAACCAAUCUACGUUCCGUUCCUCAUCGUGGGAUCAAUAUUUAUUGCCUUCAUUAUCGUGGGCUCGCUGGUAGCGGUUUAUUGCUGCACGUGCUUGAGACCUAAACAGCCGUCGCAGCCAAUACGGUUUUCUCUGCGGAGCUACCAGACGGAGACCCUCCCCAUGAUCCUGGCUUCCUCGAGCUUCAGGGCGCCGUCGCGGCAGUCCAGCACCGCCACAAGCUCCAGCUCCACCGGCGGCUCGGUUCGCAGGUUCUCCUUCCCCCGCGCAGAGCCAGGCUGCCUCGUGGCAUCGCCGCCUCCUCCCUACACAUCUGGCUGCUUCCAGGCAGCCCACGCGGUCCAGCUGCCCCAGCCGGCGGGAUUCCUGGUGUCGCCACCGUACUUUGGGUAUCCUCUCCAGCCUGAGCCUGCCCUGGCUGGGAAGAGCUGCUCUGACUUUAGUCAGAGCUGAAAGGAAUUGUGAGGAGCGACCGACCGCAGCCUUCGGAAGUGCAGGGACUGCUGCUGCUGGGUGUCACGCUGACGUGCUCUGGGGUUGCAGAGGUCAGAACCCUUCCCGUGGGUGAGUUGCCCUUGCAAAGUGCAAAGGGCUUCUUUGGGAUCUCAUUUCCCAAACUUGGGUCGCACUUCCA